AUGGCCAUCUUGGACACUGUGGCAUCCUUCGACGACGUCGAUCUUUGUGGAACGGGCAUCCUUGGAACCAGCGCGAUAACGUCCGACGGGACAACACGCCUUGGGAGUGGUGGGGCGAUGCCUGACGUGUCCGAUAAUCGUGACAUGACGGUGUGGCAACUUUCUACAUUGGCGAUGAUGUGGCAACCUCCUACACCUACACAACCAGUCCUGGAGAAACGAAACGCACCCCAGGCGGCCAACGUGUGCCUGGCGUUUAUAAGUACCUUGGUACCUGGUUCCUCCGACUUUCGCGACGGCGUUCUACACUACGGUUCAGCUGCUGAAACUGCAAUCAUGGACUAUUUCGAUCAACGACAAGUUACCUCGAAAUCCGCCGGAACGGCUCUCAAGGCGCUUCAUACCAUGCAUCGAAAUGGAGACCUGGAUGAUCGCAUCGCGUCGUACUACUGUUUGUUGAAUGGAGCGCGGAUCACCGACCCAUCGCCUAUGAGAACGUUGCGCGAGCUCAAACCUCAAGGCAUUGUCACGAUAUGA